AUGGUGGAAUAUACCAAAGAACAGGAAACGAUUGUGCGCAAGGUAUUGUCGUAUAAAUCACAUCAAUAUUAUGAAAUCUUAUCUGUUGAGAAAACUGCCACCGAGGGAGAUAUCAAGAAGUCAUACCGUAAAUUGGCCAUCAAACUUCACCCAGACAAGAACCCUCACCCAAGAUCAUCAGAAGCAUUUAAACUCUUGAACAAAGCAUGGGGUGUUUUAAGUGACCCUUCUAAGAAAUCUAUAUAUGAUCAAACAGGUGUAGAUCCUGACUCAAGGGGCGCGGCAGCUGCUUCAGGAUUUUCAGGAGGCAGUAGAGCUGGCUCUAGUCCUUUUGCAGGUGGAAACUUUGGUGGUAUGCAUCGUGGUGGACCUGAAGAUGACUUGUUCAAUAUGUUCUUUGGUGGUGGACAAGGUCAAACAUUCUCAUUUGGUGGGAAUGGGUUUACAUUUCAAAAUUUCGGUGGUGGCGAUCAUCCUUUUUUCCAAACAAAUAUGCAUCAAAGACGAGCCCAACCACGUGCACGUCAAGGAAGAACACAACAAGCUGAAGAGGAAGGUAUGUCGCUGCUUUUAGGGCAAAUAUUACCUUUACUUCUUAUGUUGUGUAUUCCUAUCCUCUCAGCUGUAUUCUCCAAUGGAAAUGCACGUCCAGAAUACUCAUUUGUAUCAACGAAGGAAUUUACUACCCCAAGAUACACACCAAACCACAACAUUCCAUUUUAUGUAUCUAACGAUUUCACAAAGAAACAGAAAAGGAGUGCAAGUGAAUUACGUAAUUUUGAUCUGAAAGUCGAAAAUGUGUAUAUACAAGAGAGAAGAUCCAAAUGUUCAAAGGAACAAAUCAUGAAGAAUGAAUUGAUUGAAGAGGCACAAGGUUGGUUCUACACAGAUCAAGAAAAGUUGGAUAGGGCUCAAAAUAUGCCAAUGCCAAACUGUCGGGCUUUAAGAAAGAUGAAUUUGAUUUAA